AAUUCAGUCAUGUUUAGUAGACAAAAAUAAAAAUUGUAUUGAAUUUCUUUAACUGCAAUUGUUACAUUCCAGAGAAAAUUUUUUUGAUGGAGUCUUUAAAAGCAUGAUUUUGAGAGAAAAUUUUCCAGCUAGUAUAUUUGAGAAAUUGUAAUUUGCAGGAUGUACAUAAUGGAGCUGGGGUUUUUUUCCUCACUUUUGAUACUAAGAACCCUAUAAUAUGAAAAAGAAGAAUUGAAAAGCAACAAUGUAAUUGCUUAGAAUAUAAUAAAGUAUCAUUUGAAUUGUAACUGGACAAAGAAAGUAACCAGAGCUUUCUUACAGGGGAAUGAACUCUACUUGAACACAUUUAUUUGCAACAGUUCUUUCUCUAAGCAUAGUGUUUUCCCUUUCUCCACUCUUCUACUUCUUCUAAAAUGCAUGCUAUGAGAGUAAACUGAAAAUUCCAAUUAGUUCACAAAAUGUAUUAAGGAUAUACUUCUUGAAUUCAGAACCUCCUUUUUCAGAUAUUAAACUGGUAUUAACAGUAAUUGUUAAUAUCUAGUCAAUUAAAUAUUCAGAGUAAGUUAAUAGUGUCUAUCUACAAUUUUAGUCAUAUUGUAUAACAAUAAAAAUCAGAACCAUAUUAAACUUUAUAUUAUCCCUAAAGUACUAAUCAUUUUAAAAUGUCAAAUUUCUUUAGUUCUAUAUGCUAUUUGCUGAAUAAAGUACUCUGGUGAAACAUUUAUUUGUUUUAUUUUUGCACGAAGUUUAUUUUUAUUACUUAAAAAAAAAAAAAAAAAACCAAACACUACCAUAAAAAGAAUUUGGCUUAAAAUAUGGACUAAUCUUAACCUUAUAUAGAAUAAGUCAUAGCAAAACAAGCAUUGUUACAUAAUAGAAUAACAAAAACUCCACUGCACAUAUAACAGUUAAUAAAUAGGUGAUUGUGUAUCUCUAGACCAAAAGUAAUUUUUGCAUGUGUGUCACAGAACUUUUUGUUAAUCUAAUGAAAUCUGUAUUUUCUAAUGCAGAAAAUAAAAUAUAUAGGUUACAAAGGAAACCACUUAUUUUGGAAUGUAGUUAUCAAAAUAUAUAUAUUUUUUAAAUUUCACAAGCCCCAGGUUAAGAACUCCUGCCUAGACUCACCUUUAUAACUGAAAGUAAUUUAUUUAUAUAAGGAAAAAGCAAAUUUGAGGGGGAAAUGAAGUAAGUCUAAAUUAUUCUGUUGUGUAAUGUAUCCUAUUAAUAGGUACUAAUAUUGCUUUUAUUUAAUUUAAUACUGAUUGCAUCUAACCUUUACUAAACCACUUUGAAAAUUGCUAUAGUUUAGCCUGCAACAUAAAUGAUUAGAGGGAACGGUUUGAAAUGGACACUUCAGACGAUGCAACAACCACCUCUGCCUGUGUUUUCUUAAGGUCUGGCUCAGUUUAUGAACCUCUUAAAAGUAUUAAUCUUCCAAGACCUGACAAUGAAACUCUGUGGGAUAAAUUGGAUCAUUAUUACAGAAUUGUCAAAUCAACAGUACUGCUAUAUCAAAGUCCAACUACUGGUCUCUUCCCCACAAAAACUUGUGCUGAUGACCAGAGGGCCAAAGUUCAAGACAGCCUUUACUGUGCUGCCAGUGCCUGGGCAUUAGCACUUGCAUAUAGGCGCAUUGAUGAUGACAAGGGAAGGACCCAUGAGCUGGAGCAUUCAGCUAUAAAAUGUAUGAGAGGAAUUCUCUACUGCUACAUGCGCCAGGCUGAUAAGGUUCAGCAAUUUAAACAAGAUCCCCGCCCAACAACAUGCCUCCAUUCUAUUUUCAAUGUACAUACAGGAGAUGAAGUCUUUUCCUAUGAGGAAUAUGGUCAUCUUCAGAUAAAUGCUGUAUCCCUGUACCUUCUUUACCUUGUGGAAAUGAUUUCCUCAGGACUUCAGAUUAUCUACAACACUGAUGAGGUAGCAUUCAUUCAAAACCUGGUAUUUUGUGUAGAAAGAGUCUACCGUGUACCUGAUUUUGGUAUCUGGGAAAGAGGAAGCAAAUACAAUAAUGGCAGCACAGAGCUACAUUCCAGCUCUGUGGGCUUAGCUAAAGCAGUUCUAGAAGCAAUUAAUGGAUUCAACCUCUUUGGCAACCAGGGAUGUUCUUGGUCUGUUAUAUUUGUGGAUCUUGAUGCCCAUAAUCGAAACAGACAGACUUUGUGUUCACUGCUUCCAAGAGAAUCCAGAUCUCAUAAUACCGAUGCUGCACUUCUCCCCUGCAUUAGUUAUCCUGCUUUUGCCCUCGAUGAUGAUGCUCUGUUCAGUCAAACCCUUGACAAAAUUGUUAGAAAAUUAAAAGGGAAGUAUGGAUUCAAGCGUUUCUUGAGGGAUGGAUACAGAACUUCACUAGAAGAUCCAAACCGACGCUAUUAUAAGCCAGCUGAAAUUAAGCUCUUUGAUGGCAUUGAAUGUGAAUUUCCCAUUUUUUUCCUUUACAUGAUGAUCGAUGGAGUUUUUAGAGGAAAUCCUUCACAAGUAAAGGAAUACCAGGAUCUUCUGACUCCAGUCCUACAUCAGACAACAGAAGGGUAUCCUGUUGUACCAAAGUAUUAUUAUGUGCCAGCUGACUUUGUGGAAUCUGAGAAGAAAAAUCCUGGUAGUCAGAAGAGAUUUCCUAGUAACUGUGGGCGUGAUGGAAAAUUUUUCCUGUGGGGACAAGCUCUUUAUGUCAUUGCAAAACUUUUAGCUGAUGACUUAAUAAGUCCUAAAGACAUUGACCCAAUCCAUAGGUACGUCCCUCUACAGGAUCAGCGGAAUGUUAGCAUGAGAUUCUCUAAUCAGGGUCCAUUAGAAAAUGACUUAGUGGUUCAUGUAGCCCUGGUUGCAGAAAGUCAACGCCUACAAGUUUUUCUGAAUACAUAUGGUAUCCAAACACAGACUCCACAGCAGGUUGAGCCUAUUCAGAUAUGGCCUCAACAGGAACUUGUGAAGGCUUAUUUCCAUCUGGGAAUCAAUGAAAAAUUAGGACUAUCUGGAAGACCCGACAGGCCAAUUGGUUGCCUUGGCACUUCAAAGAUCUAUCGAAUCCUAGGAAAGACUGUGGUUUGUUAUCCCAUCAUCUUUGAUCUCAGUGAUUUUUACAUGUCUCAGGAUGUGUUAUUGCUGAUUGAUGAUAUUAAGAAUGCUUUGCAGUUUAUUAAACAGUAUUGGAAGAUGCAUGGCCGUCCACUGUUCCUUGUUCUUAUUCGGGAGGACAACAUAAGAGGCAGCCGGUUCAACCCCAUAUUAGAUAUGCUGGCAUCCUUUAAAAAAGGAAUGGUUGGAGGAGUGAAGGUUCAUGUUGAUCGACUACAGACAUUGAUAUCAGGAGCUGUUGUUGAACAACUUGACUUCCUAAGGAUCAGUGAUACAGAAGAGCUUCCAGAAUUUAAGAGUUUUGAAGAGCUAGAACUCCCCAAGCAUUCUAAAGUCAAAAGACAAGCCAGUACUCCCAAUGCUCCUGAACUGGAACAGGAGCCAGACAUAUCAGUUGUCGAGUGGAAAAACAAACCAACCCAUGAAAUUCUUCAAAAAUUAAAUGACUGCAGUUGUCUGGCGAGCCAAGCCAUCUUAUUAGGUAUCCUACUUAAAAGAGAAGGUCCUAAUUUCAUCACUAAGGAAGGUACUGUUUCUGAUCAUAUGGAGAGAGUCUAUAGAAGAGCCGGCAGCAAAAAACUUUGGUUGACGGUGCGCUAUGGUGCUGCAUUUACCCAGAAAUUUUCUUCCUCUAUAGCCCCCCACAUUACUACUUUAUUGGUACAUGGGAAACAGGUAACUCUGGGGGCUUUUGGGCAUGAAGAAGAGGUGAUUUCUAAUCCUUUGUCUCCAGGAGUGAUUAAGAAUAUCAUCUAUUACAAGUGUAAUACACAUGAUGAAAGGGAAGCUGUCAUUCAGCAGGAACUUGUCAUUCAUAUUGGCUGGAUCAUAUCUAAUAAUCCUGAACUAUUCAGUGGCAUGCUGAAAAUACGAAUUGGGUGGAUUAUCCAUGCUAUGAAGUAUGAGCUACAGAUUCGUGGAGGGGACAUGCCGGCCUUGGACUUAUACCAACUAUCACCUAGUGAAGUUAAACAACUUCUCUUAGAUAUUCUCCAGCCUCAACAGAAUGGAAGAUGUUGGCUGAACAGGCGUCAAAUCGAUGGAUCCUUAAAUAGAACACCCAUGGGCUUCUAUGACAGGGUGUGGCAGAUCCUAGAGAGAACACCCAAUGGUAUCAUUGUAGCUGGAAAGCAUUUGCCUCAGCAACCAACCCUGUCAGAUAUGACCAUGUAUGAAAUGAAUUUUUCCCUCUUGGUUGAAGACAUUUUGGGAAAUAUUGACCAGCCUAAAUACAGACAGAUCAUUGUAGAGCUAUUAAUGGUUGUAUCAGUUGUACUGGAAAGAAACCCUGAGCUAGAAUUUCAAGAUAAAGUGGAUCUGGAUAAACUAGUUAAAGAAGCAUUUAAUGAUUUUCAGAAAGACCAGAGCAUACUAAAGGAAGCUGAAAAACAGGAUGAUAUGACUUCCUUUUACAAUACUCCACCAUUGGGGAAAAGAGGAACAUGCAGUUAUUUGACAAAAGUUGUGAUGAACCUGUUGCUGGAAGGAGAAGUCAAGCCAAGUAGUGAUGACCCCUGUAUAGUUAGCUAACAGAGUAGAAGGUUCUUCAUUUAGCUAGGUCACAUUUUUUUCAGUAUUAGUUUUGACAGACAUGUUUCCUUUGAAGCUUAAUCCCAAACAAUCAUGUAUCUAUUUACUUAUUGCCAGUGAGAUCUUUAUCAUACCACCACUUGAAUUAUUUGGGAUACUGCAUGGAACUGCUAGUUAGUUUUAGAGUUAAACAUUUAAUCAACAAAAAUAUACUUGAGCCCAUCUUGACAAUAGUUAUUUUCACUGAAUGGCAGAAACCAUGUAGCUUGAAAUGAAACUGCACGUUGCAUGAUUAUACAAUUAAUGAAAAUGAAACUUUGAUAUGAUAUUAAGUUCCCUGAGUUUAUGGUCAUAAUUAAGUAUUGUGCCAACUGAACAGAAAGCUUACCCAAGAAUUUUGUAUGGAUAUUAAAAGAAUUUGUGAGAAUGAUUAACUUUUCUUUUACCCAUUAGAGCAUUAUUAUGUUAGAUGUUAAUAUAAAUUUAAAAUCAGAGUGAGGUAACAUUAUUUUGAUGUCAAAGGUAACAUCAUUAAUCAUGUAUGAGUACACAGAAGCUAUUGUAAAAUUACUUUGGAAAAUGAAUGUGAUUUCAUAUUUGUAUUGUCUAGACAUAGGAGAAAGAAUUAAACACAAAGUAAUCAUGAACCUGUAUUUUCCAAAAUAUUCUCCUUAAGUUUUGAUUGUAUUUAGAAUUUUUGUGAAGUUCACAAGUUUGUUUAAUUAUGGAAUCCCAAAUCCAGUGUAUACUGGUUAAAAAUCAAAACUCAUUAAAAUAGUUUAGUGUUUAAUAAAUUAAAAAAUAAUAGUGUUUAAUAAAUUACUUUCAGACAAAA